AUGGCAAAGUCGACAGCGAGUGCUAAAGUCCUCCCCGCGUCGUCUCGGGCUACCAAGAAAGGAAAGCUGCGACCUGCGGAGGUCACGUUUUCCUGGCCCGACGAUUGUCCAGUCCAGUCGGAAGACCCGUCAGACGAAGGCCUGGCGCAGCCUUCUUUGCCUCCUGAUCCAGCUCUGCACGCUUGCUCCGGAAAGGAUAUACAUGUAUCUAAAGGGGCAACGUCGCAGAAUAGCAGCAGUGGAAGCGGCAACAAUACUUCCAAGCCAACGAGAUAUCUCGCCAUUCUACCGGGUACGUUGACGCUGCGCAAACCCGCAAAGACGAACGCACCAUUGUUUCCAGAAUCUCUCGCAGAGAAGGUGGAAGACAGUGUCGUGGCGGACGCCGCGGAUUCGAGUGACGUCAACAAGCCGGAAGUGAGGCUUUUGGGGCGUUUGCAACACGCCUCGUCGACCCAUCCCAUCUUGACGACAGCGGCGUUUUCGGACUCGUCGUGUGCUCCCACGCAAGGAUCCUUGUCCUUCCGAGGUACUUCCGUUGCCACCACAUCCAAGUUCCUGGUAUUAACGUUGCAACCAAAGAAAGGAAAGAUAGUAUGCAAGCACGUUUUUUCUAACGUUAUUGUUUUUGGGGAUGCUUGUCUGCACGGGACGGGAGAUGCAGUACCUUCGGUUGCGCCAACCUCCGCUAUUGACGCAGUGUCGGGCAAACGCUUCAGCUCUACUAGUGACGAUAGGAAAGCAGCAGUAGCCGUGAUCGCAACAGUAGAGCCCCAGGGCACCACUUCCAACGCAGCAAGCUUAUCUCACCAAAAACUGGAACCGCAGGAUACUUGUAAAAAAGGGGAGGACGACGAAAGCGUAUUUAUGGCUACUACCGAGAAAAAACAAGGCAACCUAAAACGAUUGAGCACUGGUGGGGAACCACUCUCGGACAGCAGUGAUUCUGAUCGAGACGUUGUUCGCCAUCCGAAUCUUGAGGUUUCUGCCAUGCUACCCGCAAGUAGACGACCUCGACGCGCGUCACGCAAACCGGUACAAUACAACACAGUGGAAAGUGGUGACAAAGAUAGCGACACCGAUCCCAGUGGCAGCGAGGAUAACAGCAAUAUCGACUGCAGUGGAAAACGGAAGCAACCAAUUGCAAAGCCGAUGGCGAACAAGCGGACACGCCGAUUGCUGUCCAAUGCUAUCACACAAUCGCAAGAAGUAAUCAACGACUUGGACGAGUCCAUUGACAUCAACAUCAGCGAAGAGAAUGGAGCGGUCGCUUACAAGCCUGCUAGUGAAAAUUCGGUGAGGCGCGACCAUGGGUCAGCGCGAUCGACAGAAACUGGCAAGUUGGCCGAGAGUCAGCCUGUUUGCCAAAAUAGGCGGAAGUCCGAUGCGAAUAAGCAGUUGGAAGCGUCUUCUCUUUCAACCUCCGGUACGACCAAGAGGCACCGUAUCGUGCAGCCAGCGACCAAGACCCGACCAAAAUCUUUGAGCAGCAAUGGACAGACAGAACUGCAGAAGAAAGUCAAGCUUGGGAAGAAGAGUUCCUUCGCUUCCCCGGACAUCGAUUCCGCUAUGAUUGUUAACAGCAGCGUGACCGCCCCCGAAAACGAAGCACCGUCUCUUCCGGGAUCGCCUGUACGGCAACAUCGACACCCGCUGACUCCCUCCAGCUCGAAGAAGGCAAAUAAGUCUACAUCGACAAUCUCGAGCACUCCCCGAAAGCGCCGCAAACGGGCAUUAGCUCAUGCCACUUCACCGUCCAAAAGCAGAACGAUUGAUUUGACUCUCGACACCGAUUUGGAGUUUUUGGGAUAAUACGAUUUUGUAACUCUUUUCGUUUGACUCCGUGAUGCUUCACCUACUCUAUUGAGUCAACGACGCUGUGAAGGAAUUGUAAUUGCGUUUUGAGAUCACUCACGGCAAAGAAACACGUUGGGCUUCCAUCGUUUGUAUGUGGUAAAUGAAGUCAAAUUAAUGGUUCUACAAACCAUGAAAUUUGUGUCGCUACUGGCUAUGUCC